UGUUUUUCACUAGAAAAACAAGGGUGUCAAACAGGGAGGAAGAACAGGGCUGAGGAAGGCACGCGCCAAAUAAUUAAAGGAGACGCCACGUGACGUGAGUGAUGAGACAAUGCCCUUUCAUCCAUUAACCAAUCACAUAUCACCACGUAAGCAAAAUCUCCAAAUAUUCUCUCUCCUCCAGAAUAACGUCUAGGUUCAAUGAACCUAUAACACCACCUCUUUUCUCGCUCUCCAUUAUUUAAUAAACUCCUCCUUUCUUUUCUCCCAGACACAAAACACAAAUUGAACAAAAAAAAGUUUCAAAAAUCCCUCAACAAAGUUCCUCAAGUCAACGUAAUCGGAAGAACAAGAAGAAAUUCUACAUCAUAAAAAUGGCUUUAUCUGUUACAUCUUCUCUUUCAUCAGAACUCAAAGUGCCAAGCAUCGGCGCAUUUCAACCAACAGAUCGUCCUUACAAAAAUUUAACGGCGACGAUUAACAUAUCUUCUCGGCGCGCGGCUUCAUCAGUGAAGCCGUUACGAGCUUCUGCCGAGUCGCGCCGCAGCGACUCGGUGAGUCCUAUUGCUGCAACCACCAUUGCUGCUCCUAAAACUGAAGAAGGGGUAAAAGAGGAAGUGCGAAUUGUGGACGAAGAGAACUUCGAAGAGUUAGCCAAGGAGCUUCAGAAUGCAUCUCCUCUUGAAAUUAUGGACAAGGCUCUUGCUAAAUUCGGAAAUGAUAUCGCCAUUGCUUUUAGUGGGGCGGAAGAUGUUGCUUUGAUCGAGUAUGCCAAAUUAACUGGCAGACCCUUUAGAGUCUUCAGCUUAGACACAGGAAGACUCAACCCAGAAACAUACCGAUUUUUUGAUGAAGUUGAAAAGCAUUAUGACAUCCAUAUCGAGUACAUGUUCCCUGAUUCAGUAGAAGUUCAGGCAUUGGUUAGGAACAAGGGUUUGUUCUCUUUCUAUGAGGACGGUCACCAAGAGUGCUGCCGUGUUAGAAAGGUGAGGCCUCUUAGGAGGGCCUUGAAGGGGUUGCGAGCCUGGAUUACAGGGCAAAGGAAGGAUCAGUCUCCCGGUACUCGUUCUGAGGUUCCGGUUGUCCAAGUUGACUCUGUUUUUGAGGGUUUGGAUGGUGGGAUUGGUAGCCUUGUGAAGUGGAACCCUGUUGCCAAUGUCGAGGGCAAAGAUGUUUGGAACUUCCUUAGGACAAUGAACGUGCCUGUCAACUCGAUGCACUCCCAAGGAUAUAUCUCGAUUGGGUGUGAGCCGUGCACAAGGCCUGUUUUGCCUGGACAGCACGAGAGGGAGGGGAGAUGGUGGUGGGAAGAUGCCAAGGCCAAGGAGUGUGGCCUCCACAAGGGAAAUCUUAAACAAGAAAGUUCCGAAACCCAAAAUGGUAGUGCACAAGCCAAUGGAGAGGUUGCUGAUAUAUUCGAGUCUCAAAACUUGGUGAACUUGAGCAGAGCGGGAAUCGAGAACUUGUUGAAAUUGGAGGACCGCAAAGACCCAUGGAUUGUUGUCCUCUAUGCACCAUGGUGUCAGUUCUGCCAGGCAAUGGAAGGUUCAUACGUAGAAUUGGCUGAUAAGUUGGCUGGCAGCGGUGUCAAAGUGGGAAAGUUCAGAGCAGAUGGUGAUCAGAAGGCAUUUGCCAAGAGUGAGCUUCAGCUAGAAAGCUUUCCAACCAUCCUUCUCUUCCCAAAACACUCGUCUCAACCAAUCAAGUACCCCUCUGAAAAGAGGGAUGUCGAUUCACUCUUAACUUUCGUCAAGGCGCUUAGAUAAUCGACUAUAAGUUUACUUCAUGUAAUCCAAAGAAGAGACUUAAAGAGUUUUCAACUACUAAUGAUGGCAAACUGAACUGGCAAAGAUGGCGAAAGUUCAGUUAAGUUGGGUGUUGAACCUAAGUUCAAGCGAUUUUGAGCAUAAUAUUCCCUUUAUGAUUCGAAGGGAGGUCCUUUUGUAGCUAAUAGUGAGUUUAUGGUGACUUGCUUUGCUGCAAGUUUGAUAUGUCAUGACUCAUGUCCAUAUAGUUUCUUUUUUCUUUUCUUAGUUUUGCGGGGGUUUGUGAGGUAUAAAAUGGGGUAGAAAUAUUGGAGAGUUAACGUUCCUCCAAAUCUUGGUUAGAGGUUUGUAUAUUUUGAAUGGUUGUUUUUUGAACAAAUAAAUCAUAAGUUUUUCUGUCCGAGUUCAUUAAUAAAAAAUUGAGAUUCACAUAAAUUCCUCCCAAGGUCAGUUUGGUGAUUCAGAUUUUAUCAAAGAUGGUAGAGAGGUAGUUUAAUUAAGGAAGCUUGUUAAUGAACUUGACGUUUGUCAUUGGCCAUAUAUUCACUAUUUUAAUUUUUAUGUCUCUUUGAGUUUGUCAGCAUAUUAAUUUUUGUUCAUUAUUUUAAUUUGGAUAAAGUUUUUACUAUUUUCUUUAAUUCAUAUCUACAUAUUUUCUUGAACUUUUUAAUAAUAUCAACACAAUUUAAUUGUCUUUAA